GAGAUGAAGAAAAUAAAAGAAACGCUACGUUUGAGAGGAAACUAUGUAUAUAACACCGACAAAGCUUACAACAAAACAGGGGAGUUACUCGUAUCUCGGAGACCCAAAGAAGAAAGAUCUGCAAGAUUGUAUAAAACUGGUCAUAAUUGUAAAGGCGCUUUCUCGGUCAAAACAAUCAGACGUCAUCGCCAAAAUUGUCUCGGUGCCUCAAGUAAAGGUGAACGAUCUAAUGUCAUCCUUUCAAGGCGAAUUAAGGGCGGUUGCACGACUCUGCUAAUGACGGCUUGCCAAAGUCAUGGCGGUGUUGAGAGAAGACGAUAUUGUUCGACUAGUUAGGUAUGAUGAGUUGUUGGUUAAAUUUGGAAAUUGUCUGUGUGAGAAAUAUUACAAACAACAGCAGGAGGAGAUGAUAAGAAAUCGUUUAAGAACACUUGGUCGAUUGCUGAAGACAAUGAAAGAGAUUGAUCCAGUAAUAACAGAUUUUAAAUCAAUUUACAACCCAAAACUGUACAAAACUAUGCUGGAUGCUGUAAGAAAACUCUCAGGGUUUGAUCCAUUGACUGGAGUUCAUCAGACUCCAUCAGUGGUUACUUCCGUCGGAACGUAUAUUAAAUCAGUUGGCGACCUUCUGAAACUUCACUGGGUGGAAAACAUUGACGAGGAGAAGGAAAAAAUUGUUGACAAAUACUUGUUUCUUCAUACUAUGCAAUACAGCCAAGUCGUCAACAGGGUCGCACGUGAAGAUCAAUCAGCAAAACAUCGACAACAAGUGAAACCAUUGCCAACUACCAGCGACAUUAAAAAACUAUCAGAUCAUCUUAAUAAUAAAAUGAUUAGUACUUACAAACAUCUCACUGAACAAUAUUCUUAUCAGACCUGGCUCAGCCUACUCCAAUAUACCUUGAUUUGUAUUCAGACUUUUAAUCGUCGUAGAGCUGGAGAAAUUGAAAGAGCGUUGAUCGCCGACCUUAACGCAAUAGAGAAAAUAUCGGAAACCGAACACCCAGAGAUCUAUGAGAGAUUAUCUGCAAUACAGAAAACUUUGGCCGAGAAAUAUUCAAGAUUUGUCAUCACCGGAAAGUUGCGCCGUGAUGUUCCUGUUCUACUCAACUCGCAAAUGGAAAAAUCUCUCCGCUUGAUAUUAUCGCAUCGAAGCUCCACGAAGGUCCCAGCAAAGAAUCCGUAUAUAUUUGGUAUCCCUGGCUUUACUGAUGGAAGAUUUAAAUAUCUUCGCGCUUGCCAGCUGAUGCGACAGUUUUCAAAUGAAUGUGGUGCAGAACACCCUGAGAGACUACGUGGAACGUAUUUGAGAAAGCACGUGGCCACGACUUGUGCAGAAGAAAAUAUGGAUGAGAAUAAAAUCAUUGAUAUCGCCAAUUUUAUGGGUCAUGCCGAGGCAAUUCAUCGAUCUCACUACAGAAUAUCUGUUGUAUCGAGAGAUGUGCUUGGUGUAGUCAACAUACUCUGUAAGGCACAGGGUGAUGAUAAAAAUACUCUACAAGAACAAGAGCGUGCACGAAUAGACGAUCUUAAUGAAGUCGCUUCAAAUGAAAACCCAUCAACUUCCCCAAGGUCAUUCCCUACACAAGAACCUGACACCUAUGAUAAUCGCCCAAAGAAGAGGAGAAUGGUCAAAUACACAUCUUCAGAUGAGAGUCCUUCUGAUGAAAGUUCUGGACGGAUCCUACCAAAAAAGAAGAAUGUGAAGAUGGAAAAACCUAAUAAAGAU